GAAGCUUACGUGGUGUGUGCGCGCCAGUGAAACAGAAAUACACACGCCAAGAACGAGAGCUGAUUUGAAAGUAUUUGCUUAAAAUUCGAUGCCAAAUGAGACGUCCAGUUAGGUCUCAUGUAGUGGCUAGGGUAUGUGCUGUUGUGAGUGUGAGAGAGAGAGAUUCGUGUCUGAAAAAUGUCGAAAACGUACAUAGAAAUUGAACGUGUUCGGUGGCUGAAUGAGAGGAAGAAACACGACGACGACGACAACGACAACAACGAUGGGAAAUUAUUAUUCCAAUAGCGGCACAUCUUUCGCAUGUGUAUUGGUCUUGGUAGAAAAUUCGAAAAUUUUCGUAAGUACUGCUCUGUCCUUCUCCGGCUACACUUCAUUAUCGGUGUCGCUGUCACUGUUCAACCCAAAAAAGGCACAAAGAUCUUGCAAACGAUGAUUAAAUUUGUGUGUGCGUCAUUCCAUCUCGCUCUCCGCAUGUUCGGUUUAUAUACCAAAUGCGGCAAGAGAGCGAGCGAGAAUAUAAGAUGUGUAAAGUCCUGCAUGCUACAAUAUUUUCGAACAGUACGUACAUGGAGAUCAGCUCAUAACAAAACAAGCAACAGCAACAGCAGCAGCAGCAUAGGCAUUGCCGAUGAUGGUGAUUUCUUCCCUUUCUUUUUACUCUUUCCUUUCAGUAUACGAGAGUAUGUGUGUGAAUUGGUAUCGGCACGUACUUGUGGUGGCCGAACAUGGAUACUCAACGGCAUUUGUUAAUAUAUGUACAAGUUUUUUUUCUUCCUCUAACCAGCCAGUCCUUCUAUUUGCACACACAUCUCACUCACUCUCGAUGCAUGCAUUCGCAACUCUCUUACUCUCUCUCUCUCUCGCUCGCUUGGUGUGUGUAUCGCCUUCAAUAUGUUUGCUAUACAUAAGAGAACGCGCGCGAGACGGCAUCGAGUUUAAAUUUUGUUACGAACGAAUGGGACGCAAAAUGUUAGGUAGCAAAUAGGCAUCGAAGCGGGCUAGUAUCACACGCACGCACACAAUAUAGAUUUAGAUGGGACGAAAAAGAAAACGACACAAUAAAAACCGAGAGGAAUAUCACUUGGCCGAAUAGAAAAUACAAUGCACAGAGCACAGCACACACAGCGAGAGAGCGUCAGCAUCACAGUUUUAACACACAUACACGCGUAAACACACAGAGACACACGGACACACAAUACAGCACACAACGCACAACACAACUGAAACGCAAACAUUCAGUCAGUCAGUUUUUAUGGUAAAUUCAUUUAUCGUUUGGUUUUAGUUCGGCACACAGCAUGUACAAUCAUUUGGAUCUCGAAAGUCAAAGGAGGUAGACGUGUCCGUCACUUUUGUCUGGCGCAUUAAAUUCAAAUCUUCAACAACCAAUUCGAAAUUUCACUGCCAACCUACAGAAAAGAACACUUUUGUUUCAUUCUCUUUCUUUUCGUUUUGUUUCGGACAAUACACAACAUAAAAACGGCAACCAAAAUUUUAAACGCAAAAAAAUACUCAUGUGAUAAACAAUAGAAAGAAAUAACGUUUUUUUAGUUUUUUUUUUUUGGUUUUUGAGUUUAUUGUUUUUCCUGAUUUUUUUUUUCGUUAUCCACAUUCCGUUGAGAUUUAAUGUGUGACUAAAAGAGAAAAGAAUAUUUAAAACAAAAAAAUUGCAUCAAAUCGAAAUCCAAGUGAAUCGUUUCGUUCCGCGCUAAAUUAAAUAAACAAACAUUAAAUUCAAGUAUAAACACGCACGUGGAUCAUUUUAAUUUCAAUUUGUUAUCGUACUGAAUGCAAAGUGUAUGGUGUUUAAUGUUAAACCGCGCGGAAACAAGCGAAAGUUUUUGUGUGAAGAAAAUAUGGCACACGGAGGAACACAGAAUGCGGUUCCUCCGUCUGAGCAACGUAGCAGUAUGAACAAUAAUUUUUGUAAUACGUGUGGUGUUACUUUCGAUAGUAGUGAAUCAUUACAAGUACAUAUCCACAAUAAUCAUAACCAGCCCGUUUCGGCGGCAGCUGAUUCCAGUGACAAUCAGCCACCGACACCGCAAUCAACAGCAAAUGGUGAAACAAAUCAACAACAGCAACAAACAUUGAACCAUUACAAUCGACAUUCUCAGGAGUUUUCAAACGCAACCCAGUUACCAAAUUAUCAUCAGCCAAGUGAAAUGCAUUAUCCAAGCUAUAGUAUGCCAAACUACGAUCAAUAUUAUCAUCAUCAGCAUUCGAUGGAGUAUGGCUUGCCACCGCCAAUUUCGACGCACUAUUCAUUGUCUGCGUCGCAAUCUCAAUCCGAGUACAAAGUUGUGCCUUCGUCGAAUCGCUUUCAUCCAUACGGCGUAAUUUCGAAUAAUUUACCGACACAUCAUCCGUAUGCAUCGCAUCAUUCAGCCGCCAUCGCUGCUGCUGCUGCUGCCCAGAAUCAAUCGCAAAAUGGGCCUGCAAUUGCUGCGGCUGCAGCCAUCUCAGCCGCUGCAGCGCAAAGUUCGAUGAGCCCAAGCAUUGUUACAUCAUCGAGUCCAAAUCAAAAUAAUUUGAUGAAUUCGACCACAGUACCAUCGUCAAUGCCUCAAACAGCGAACACAAUUUCGGGCCAACCGACGCCAUCACCAUCACCGAGACAGUGCGAUAAGUGCGGUGCUGUAUGUGAAACAAUUUCGCAGUUAGCCGAACACACGGCAACUGCACACAGUGUCAACAAUAAUGCGAACGAAUCGACGAUCAAUCGAAAUGCUGGAAACGGUGACAUCGAAAAUGAUAUCCCAUCAUUCCAAUACUCAAACUUUGUGCAACCAAAAGAGGAACCACAUCCGGCCGAUUGCGAUAUAUUGGAUUUGGAUUCACAGAAAAUGGUGUAUCCGCCGCAUGAAAUGAAUCAACAAGGACCAUUACCGCCAAUGCACUCACUUCAUCCAGCCAUGCAAAGGCCGAUGAUGUGGCCGCACGGUCCACCGCCGCACGAAUCGAACACAUUUCUACCGAUUCCGCCGAAUCACAAUCAGAACGAUCUGAAGCCGCCAAUGUUUGGUUCGAUCAAGAAUGAGUUUUCACCGCAAAUUAUCAAACAAGAGGCAGCACAUCAUCUCACUCAAUUACCGAGCACACCAACGAAUCCGCCACAAUCCGAUAUUUCCAAAUCGUUUGGAGGUAGUGAUGGCAGUCAAACAAGCCCAUCCGAAUUUCCAAGCACCACAACGCCACAGGAUAAUGGGCCACAAUUUCGUACAUUCGAAGCGGCCACCUCAUCGUUGCCAAACGGUGGUCCAAUUAUGAAGGCCACUUCGUGGAAAUCGAAUGAAGCGCGUCGACCAAAAACAUAUAACUGUACAGCGUGUAAUAAAUGGUUCACCAGUUCGGGCCAUUUGAAACGUCACUACAAUACAACGCUACACAAGAAUGCAGUGAAAUCGAGUGGCCAACCAGAUCCAGCAUCGCUACCGAUCAGUGCACACCAUCAUCCGGCUCGCGAUCCCAAUUCGAAGCAUCAUCGAUAUAAUAACAACAAAACGACCCACAACAACAAUUCGAUUGUCCAACAGCAGUCGGUUCAACAGGUACAGGCUCAGCCACCACAACAACAGCCAACGUUGCCAAACGAAUCGUCGCGAACGCCCGAUUUUUCGUCGCAAUUCACUCCAUUUGCACCACAAUCGCAGCCAACGAAUCCGAUGGGGUUUCAACAAUACCAAAAUCCAAUGCAAUCAAACGCUUCGAUUCACCCAAACGCGCAAGCAGGUCUCUGCGGCCCUGUCUCCCAGCCGAGAGACCUGCUGACUUACUCGAACAUCGGAUUGAACACGGGAGUUCACAUCAGCAGCAACAACAGCCAUCAAUCGUUGGCACAGGAUUUUAUCCAGGUGCCGCAAAUGCAGCAAAUUUUACCGGAAUCCACCAUGCAAAGCAUCACCUCAAUGGAGCAUUGCAACAUCAUAACGCCUAUAACUAUCAACACCAGCAUCACUCAAUCGUAUCCGCUCAUGCAGCGACCGGAGGACCCGAACUAUAUUAUUGGUAAUCAAAUGAUGCACACAGGUAAUUCGAAUGAAAGCACAACACCACCCAUUUCAUACUAUGGCCAUGACUAUGACGAACACUACGAACACCAUGGCUAUCAGCACAUGAGCGAUGAUGAAAACAAACAUAGCAAAUGCUAUUCGAAUGCAAUUCCGGCUAUAGCUGCUUUGCGGCGAUUAAACAAUGAUAUCCAUCAUGCCGACACCGUACCACCAUUUUCACCGGAUAUUCCGGAUAAACGAACAAUGUCGAUGUCAAUGCCAUACCAUCAACGUGCGUUGACACCGCAAAUGGGCGAAAUUGUACCAUCACACCUAUCGCCAAAUGCACCAUCACAUCAUAACACCGCUGAUAUUCCAAAAAACGAAGCAUCCAUCGGCAAUGAGCCCAGCUCGCCGAGCAUCACAUCGACCAAUAUCGGUUUUGAGCCAUAUCCAAUCAAAGACACAACCAAUGGCAAUGCAAACCCGAAAAUUCGCAACAAAUCGAAUAAACGUCGGGCAGCCGUUGACACAGCAAAACUAAUAACAGACACAAUUCCAGCGGGAAACGAUCCUCUACGGUGCGACCCAUGUGAUAAAGUCUUUAACAAAGCCUGUUAUUUAACGCAACACAAUAAAACAUUCCACAGCGGUGAAAAGCCGUUCAAAUGUCAACGGUGUGGCAAACGUUUUCCAUGCGAUCAAUCCCAUACCGAACACAUGGCCAAACACAAUGGCAACAAGCCGUUCAAGUGCAACCAGUGCGUCAAACAAUUCAAUCACAAAACCGAUUUGCGACGGCACAUGUGCUUGCACACCGGUACAAAGCCGUACAUCUGUGAAAUAUGCAACAAGGGUUUCAUACGCAAGGAUCACAUGGUGAAGCACGGUCUGACGCAUCUCAAGCGAAAAAACAGCGGCUAUGCGGAGCCAAACACACCGACGGCAAUCAAACAAAGAGCAUCGGCCAAGGAACAACUAUCAUCCGAUAUGGACGAAUUUCAGCCCGCGCCAAAACGACGAAAAUAUGUCCUCGAAGUAGAUUUGAAUGCAAAGGUUAUACCAGUCAAGUACAAACAGUUUUCAAUCGACGAAAUGCUCCAACGCAAACCAAGCCGAAUGAAUGAGAACAAAGAAAACAUAUUGAACGAUGAUCCAAUGUAUGUCGAGUGAAAAAAAAACAUACAAAGCGAAGCAAAGCAAAAUUGUCAUUUGAAACCACAAGAUUUAUACACAUUUUUUUUUGUAAUUUGGAAAAUAUUGCGCAAACUGUUUAAAUAUAUCUACCUCAUCAAUUGAAAUAUAAAUGAAACUAUCCGAUUCAACAAAGAUACAAUAAGCCAAUUUGAAUUGAAAUGAAUAUUUAAUAUUUAAUAAUUGAAGAAGAGAAAUAACUCUAAUCGUGCAGUACGUGUAUUUGUAAACUGAGUCAGGAAUUUUGUGGGGUGAUUUGUUACCCUCGUCAGGUUAAAUUCUGUAUUUGAUUUGAAAUAUACGAGAUAAAAAUGUUUUUUUAGAACAUUUAUUUAUACACUACCUCAACUUAUACAAUUUUAUAAAUCAAUAAUGGAAGAGAACUAAAAAACAACUAAAUAAAUGAAUGCAACAGCCAAACGACAAAUCAAAUUAAAUGCCACACAAAAAUGUUCACAUCAAUUAUAAUUAUCAUGAGAACACACAAUAUUUUUUCUUGCCUGUUUCCUUUUAAAUAGUCAAAUCAGCUAGCCAAAUUUUAAUGGAGUAGUCUAUUAUAAUAAAAAAAAACUCAUUUUUUUUUGCCUGUUUCUAACCUAAAUGAAAAAAGAUAUACCAUGGGUUUCAAAGUCAAAUCGUAUAUCACGCACUCGGAAUUCGUCGAUUCAAUGCGACUAUUGAUAUAUUUUUUUGCGUAUGCCGCAAUUUUAUUCUUAUUUUUUUUUUUUGCUCAUUGUUAUUUGAAGAUUUUACUGAGCUGAUUUUGCUGCAUAGCAAUAAUCAACACAUACACACACAUUAAAUGGAUUCAUAUAGUGCAAUUCAAAAGAAUUUUCUAUUAAAAAUGUCAAUUGUAUGCAAUACUUCGCAUUCCGAGUCUGGGAAACGCAAAGGAUAACAUGCCAUAGAUUUAAACAAAUAAAAUAGAAGAAGAUGAUGAUGAAAUAAGAGCACAACUUGUUAAGAACUUCUAGAAAAUAUUCAAACCGUUAACCAUAUUUGAUACAAAUAAAAAAAAAAAAACGCAGAGUAAAUGUGACUAAGACAUAGAA